AUGUCAUCUGCCCAAGAAGAAUUCAACCAGCUAGUGAAUAGCAACCGCGAUAUCUCUUCUUCCCAUCCAGAGGAUCGUACUAGCUCCCCCGUCUUCUCUGACGAAGAGUCCACCCGCAACGCGGACUCGUCCGACGAAGACGAACAGUCCCCCGACAUGGCCUCCACCAACUAUCACAUCCCCAGGCACACUUUCGAAGCCAACACCGGCCCCAAGGGUGUGAUUGCCGACGCCCAGGCUUUCGAGCGUGCACGCAAGAAGUCCCUCCGCCGGACUCUCCUCAGCGCUGCGGGCCUGGACAACGGCGCCAUCUACGGCAACAAGGUCUCACGCGAUAACUCUCCCAGCCGCCACCGCGCGAACAGCUCUCCCAGCAGCAGCGACGACGACGAGGAAAGCUUCCUGCGCAAGUGGCGUGCCUCGCGCAUGCAAGAACUACAGUCCCGCAGCAAUCGCCAUACUUCACCCCGCGGCCGCGUCUACGGGCGUGUCGACAAUGUCGACGCGGCCGCCUACCUCGAUGCCAUUGAGAAAGUGGCAUCGGAUGCUGUUGUUGUCGUCUGCAUCUAUGACCCUGAGAAUGAUGAGAGUGCCAUCGUGGAAGAGUGCCUCAACACCAUCGCCCGCCGCAAACAACACACCCGCUUCGUCAAGCUGCACAGUGAAAUUGCCGAGAUGGACCACAUUCGUGCCCCGGCUCUCCUCGCCUACCGCGGCGGCGAAGUCUUUGCCACCAUCACCGAUGUUAUCCGCAACAUCCCCCGCGGCCGGCCCUGCAGCGCCGACAGUCUCGAAGACCUGUUGAAGAUGCACCGUGUGCUUUGA